AUGGAGACACCAGUCCCCACUACGGAGAAGUCUGGCUUAUCCACUACCCACCCGUCAAGCUCAGACUUCGACAAGGAAGUACAAGUGUCCUCGGGCUCAACACCGCGGCCUUCAAUAAACGAACCUGAACCUCCGAAGGAGAUCGCGGAGGCUGUGGGAAAUGACAAUGAGGAUGACAGCAAAUAUCUCACCGGCACUAAACUCAUCGUGGUUAUUUCUGCUGUCACCUUGGUUAGCUUUUUAAUUCUCCUUGAUGUGUCAAUUAUUGUGACGGCGAUCCCGACUAUUACUACCCAUUUCCACUCGCUUGAAGAUGUGGGAUGGUAUGGAAGCUCUUAUCAGAUUGCAAGUGCUUGCCUGCAACCUCUUACCGGAAAAAUCUAUAGCAACUUCAGUACCAAGUGGACCUAUUUAGUCUUCUUUUUUGUCUUCGAAUUGGGCUCCCUACUAUGUGGCAUUUCAACAUCUUCCAAAAUGCUCAUCAUCGCUCGUGCGGUGGCAGGUCUGGGAUGCUCUGGCCUGAUGAAUGGUAGUUUGACUAUCAUUUCUGCUUGUGUUCCACUUCACAAGUCUCCGAUGUUCAUCGGUAUAGUCAUGGGCUUUUGCCAACUGGGUCUCAUUGCUGGACCACUGAUUGGCGGUGCAUUUACCGAAAAGGCAUCCUGGAGAUGGUGUUUCUUUCUCAAUCUUCCCAUCGGUGGUAUUGUCGCAGUGGCAAUGGUAUUCAUCAAUAUUCCCAACCACAUUCCUAAGCCGCCGAUCAGAGAAGCAGCCAAAACUAUUCUCAACGAGCUCGACCUGAUCGGCUUCGUCCUGUUCUCUCCCUCGGCUAUCCAACUCCUCCUUGCGCUCGAAUAUGGUGCAAGCACAUAUCCAUGGGGAAGUGCAACGGUUAUCGGUCUUUUCUGUGGGUCAGGCGGAUCUUUCAUUGUCUUCCUCCUCUGGGAGUAUCGUCAAGGAGAAAAAGCAAUGAUUCCUCUGUCCAUGGUUUCUAAGAGGGUAGUCUGGUCAAGUUGCAUUCUCAUGAUCAGCCUUUUCGCAACGGUCCUCUCAAUCUCCUAUUACCUUCCCAUUUAUUUCCAGUCUGUCAAGAAUGAUUCUCCAAUCAUGAGUGGUGUUUCCAUGAUUCCGGUCAUGCUUACACAGGUCACCUGUGCAGUGAUAUCAGGUGUGCUCAUCGGGAAGCUAGGAUAUUACCUACCGUGGGCCAUAGCUGGUGGUUUGCUCACCGCUGUUGGCGGAGGACUUUUUGGAUUACUAGAUCCAUUUACAUCAGUUGGCAAAUGGAUUGGGUUUGGAAUUAUUGUUGGCGCGGGUCGAGGAUUUGCUUUCCAAACGCCUAUCGUUGCCAUCCAAAACGCCCUCCAUCCUAGCCAGAUAUCAGUCGGCAUGGCAAUCCUCAUGUUCACUCAGACACUAUCCGGCGCCGUUUUUCUCACAAUAGCAGAUGUUAUUUUCGAUGCCGGCCUUCGGUCGUUACUCACCAAGGACGCGCCUCAUGCUAAUAAAGCGGCCGUUCUGGCUGUUGGUGCCACUGGUUUCAGAAGCGUUGUUUCAAUCGAAGAUCUUCCUGGUGUGUUGCUAGCAUAUGCGACGAGUGUUGACUAUGUGUUCUACAUGACUGCUGCACUUGGAGUGGUCAUGUUCUUCUCUGCAUUCGGUAUUGGUUGGAAAGAUGUGCGAAAGAAGGGGCCUUCCACUGAGAAAGUAUAA